UACAGCCUAAACAUGAACAUGGAGACAGCGAAAGUCCUGUCUUGUGCUAUUAUGAUGUGUAUCUUGGUACAUAUGGCGGAUUCGUUCUGUAGACCUUAUCCAUCUACUGGGAAUAAUCCAUCAAACUGUACUUAUAAGGGUGUGGUCGUUGCUUUAAAUAGUACACACACAGAUUACAAUAUAUGUACUGAAAUUACAUGCCAGGCAAAUGGCUCUAUGUUUAUUUGUGGGAUUGGUAUCAACGCCGGUAGAUCGUUACCACCGGAUGGUUGUGUUACCAUAAAGGGAGAUAAAUGUGAACGAAAGGUAGUUUAUGCAAAUGACCACACUAAAGAAUGUCAUUCUAUGGAACCGAUUCUUGGUUGAUGAUGAAG